UACCCUUGAUAGCCGAUGGUCUAAUCAAGCGAUUCCUACAAUACUGCUGAGUCAUUCAUUAGAGAAAAAAAAAAUAAAUAAAAAAAGAUGAUAUCUAAGAACUCUUUGUCCAUUUGGUGUCGUCAUCGAUCGGGGUUUUUUUUUGAAUGUCGGUGUAUUGAUUUUGUGGAGAGUGCGUUUUUAAACUAUUAUCUUCCAGAUGGAUUAUUCAGAAGAAGAAGAAAUCGUCGUUUUGUACUUGAAAUAUGCUAAAAAACCGACCUUUAAUCAGUUCUGUAAAAAAAAGAAAGAUGAAAUAAUUAGUCAAUCAGCGAAGAUGCUGGCUUCUAACGCUAUAACUCUGAUGCGACACUGGAUUAAUAUAUACAAUCGCGUAACAUCUAGUAAAAGAUCAACAGUAAAACUUAUAAAAGCCCCCAAAACUGUCAGUAUGAUUUUUAAAGAAAUAUUUCAGAUUUACUCAGUACUUAAGAACGCAGAUCACCAAUACACUGUCAGCUCAAUUAUUACUUUGGGAAACUAUGCUCACAGUGCUCAGUCAAAUCUAAGCAAUUUCGUACGCCAGGGCAACAACAAUGAACCUGAUGGUGAAGAAGGAGAGGGAGAAGAAGAGGGAGAAGAAGAGGAUGAAAAAGAGGAAGAGGAAGAGGGAAAAGAAGAGGAAGAGGGAAAAGAAGAGGAAGAGGGAAAAGAAGAGGAAGAGGGAAAAGAAGAGGAAGAGGGAAAAGAAGAGGAAGAAGAAGAAGAAGAAGAGGAAGAAGAAGAAAAAGAUGACAGAGAUGAUGACGAUGACAGUGAAAAAGGAGAACAAAGCAUUAUUAGUUUGGAUCCUGAUAAAGCAUUUAAUUUUUACACAAGUAUUUUGACAACACGUGUACAACAAAGAUUGCUGAAAAACAACAUCUUUUCACGUAUAAAUAUCCCACUUUCUAAUUAUCCAACUCUGCCAUUCAUCCUAUUGGAUAAAGCUGCAAACUUAGUUUGUCAAAAAAAUUUGGAUGUAAACGAAAGUGAACUGUUAAAGCUAUGUCUUUCUCAGACAGUUAACUUAUUAGAUCCUGAUCACGUAGCUUUAUAUACCCAAUUUAUCCCAGCAUCAAUCUUCAAUGAAAUUCUACAAGCGUGUAAUCAAAUGAAGUCUCUUCAGCCCUCUUUGAAUCUGUCUGUUAUCGAUGAAAUCUUUGAUGAGUUAUUACAAUUUCAGUUUGAUAAGGACGAUUGGAGUUUAUUGAGCUAUUUGGACGAAAAAAAAUUCAAGGAAAAAAACAAAAAAUCAGAAAAUUAUAAGUUGCUACGGGUAGUUGAAGAAGUUGUGCAUAACUUUAAAAGCUGGGAAAUAGAGGAUGACAAACACAAUAAUUACGCUGAAAUGACGUAUCAACGCAAAUUUGCAAACAUCUUAGACAUACUCCUGGAAGAUGAAGAUGUUACCGUGUAUGAUGGUGAAAAAGUUUCAAAGGAUACUCAACGUAUACAAAUAUUAAAUGAAAACGAGGAUAAUGGACGGAAGGUUGACUUAAUAACAAAAACGAAGUACGAUGAUAUAGUUAUUGAGUUGUGCUCUAUAGAAUUUAAAGUACAAGGUGCAAACGAUAAUAUCUCUAAGAAGCAACAGUCGAAAAAUAUCAGAACAAACAUCAGCAUAUUAAACAAUAUCAACAACAUCAACAAGCAAUCGAGCAGUAUUUUAUAUAUGGAUUGGAAAGGAAGAGAGGGUUACUUGGUACAGGCCUUCCAAUUUAAAGACAUUAUGGUAUCUUAUUUUGUUGAGGAUCUUUAUAUACCUAAAGACCUUAUGGAGCUCAAUGACUUUAGAAAUACUCUCCAAUAUCUUUGCUUUUGACGAGAUAGUGUAGUCAAGUUAAGCAACCAAACCAGGUUGGCAGCAUAUAAAGAAAAAAGAAAAUAUAUCGUGUCAGAUAUUAGUGCGCCCUUUAGAUCAAUCUAUAGCCCGCCAAGAUCACCAGCCCAAAGGUCACCCAUAACCCCAUUUUUUACACCAACAAAUAAAAGGACAAGAGAAGUAAUGGAGCAAGAAGAUGCUUAAUUUGUGUAAACAUUUUAAUAAAAAAUAUAUUGUUCAAUACCCAUAUAUUGCAUAAAAAGAAUUUCGUCUAUUUUAUGUUUUUU